AUGAUAUCACCUCACACUGAAAAAGUCUUAGAAUAUGAUAAGCUGAAGGCAUUGCUUAAGCAGUAUGCGCACUCCCAAUUGGGGGCAUCACGGGCAGCAAAGCUGAAACCCUUCCAGCAGCUUGAUGCGGUUCGUUAUCAGCAGCGGCUAUGCAGCGAAGCGAAAGCCUUCUACCAGACCUCCAAUGGUUUCCCGCUGCAAGGUUUGAAGGAUAUUUCCCCGACGCUCCAUAAAGUAUCCAAGCCCGGUGCCAUUCUGGAAGUGGAAGAGUUGCUUGGCGUCGCUCGUGUGGUGGAAGCCGCUCAAAAUGUCCAGCGAGCUGUUAAAAGGCGAAAUCCGAAGGAUUUCCCAAAGCUCUCCUCGAUUGUUCGCAAUCUUCCGACCUUCCCCGAACUAACCCAAUCUAUUGACAGAUGUCUCAGCCCGGACGGUGAUGUCCUUGAUCAUGCUAGUCCAGCGCUACGAGCCAUUCGCCGGAAGCUGGCGCACACACGAACAAACAUUCAAUCGAAGUUAGAGGGUAUCCUCCAAUCUCCCCAUCAUCAGCGGUCUAUCCAAGAACAUCUUAUCACCUCCCGCAACGAUCGCUAUGUCAUUCCCAUCAAACAAGAUUCAAAACAUAAUUUCCCCGGCGUUGUUCAAGGGCAAUCCUCAAGCGGAGCGACCGCUUUUAUCGAGCCUUUUGGUGUUGUAGAUCUCAACAACGAGCUGCAUCAGCUAGCAAAUGAGGAACGCCAGGAGAUACGACGUAUUCUUCUCGAACUCAGCGACUUGGUUCGCGAGCAUCUGGCAUCGUUGGAACUUGCCUUGGACAUCUUGGGGGGACUGGACUUUCUAGGAGCAAAAGCACGAUUAAGCAUAGAACUCAACGGGGUCGAACCGGUGCUUAACGUACGAGGUGCCAUCAAGUUAAUAGAAGCGAGACAUCCGCUUCUUGAAAUGAAUCUUCAGGACAGUGCAAAAUUGAAGGGAGAGGACCGCGAUCCUAACCUACCAGAGCGGAUUGUACCAACUGAUGCAACGCUAGGAGACACGUUUCACACCAUGGUUAUCACCGGACCGAAUACGGGCGGGAAAACUGUUGUCCUCAAAACAGUCGGCUUACUCACACUCAUGGCACAGUCCGGGUUACACAUCCCCGCGGAAAUGGGGAGUGAAGUUGGGAUCUUCGACCAAAUGUUCGCCGACAUCGGUGACGAACAGAGCAUUGAGCAGAAUCUCAGCACUUUUUCGUCCCAUAUUACCAAGAUUAUCUCCAUCUUGAAAGAAGCGGAUGAAAAUUCACUGGUACUGUUGGAUGAAAUUGGGGCAGGCACAGACCCAACGGAAGGGGCAGCACUCGGCAUGUCAAUCUUGGACUGGUUGGCGGCGCGUAGGGUUCGCACAGUUGCGACAACCCACUACGGUGCGCUGAAAGCAUAUGCGCAUGCGCAGGAAGGCAUGGAGAACGCCUCAAUGGAGUUUGAUUGGCAGACGCUGCAACCCACCUAUCGUCUGCAGAUUGGCGUACCCGGAAGCAGUAACGCCUUCAAAAUUGCACAGCGGUUAGGUAUGCCUGACGCAAUUACUGAUACCGCUAAAGCGUACAUAGGCAACCAGACCGUCGCCGUGGAAGAUCUCAUCGUCAGUAUGCAGGCGUCCCAAAGCGAGCUUGACGUUGAACGUGAAAUCGUGCAAGAGAAACUCCGAGUGGCGGAUACCGCUGCCAGAAAGCACGAGGCACUAAUCAAUCAGAUCGAAGUGGAGCGGGAAGAACUUCGGGACCAAGUCGAGCAGAAAGCCGCCACAAUCCUCAAAGAUGCUCGUAAACUUGUUGAACAGACAAUAGCAGAAGUGCGGCGAGAAAAUGCCUCAAAAGAUAGUGUCAGUACCGCUUUUACUCGUAUUGAAGGGGCGCGGCAGAAACUGAACGAGAGACACCAGCAGCAAAAACACGUAGCAAAACCGCACCCCGACGCAAUUAGUGUACGAGUCGGUGAUAAAGUCCGUGUGAAAAGCCUGAACCAAUUUGGUGAAGUUCUCUCGGUCUCAAACGGGAAAACGCCCUUGCUCGUCAAGGUUGGCAACAUGCAGAUGCGCGUGUCAUACGGAGGAAUUGAGCCUGUGCGUCCGGAAGAUAAUAAGCGCGAACUUUCUACCUCAAUCUUGGAUGUCCAGUAUAGCAAGACAGGAAAUGUUAAAACAGAGUUGAACCUGCGAGGAAAAACUGUUCAUGAGGCUUGGACAGAAACUGAUAAAUACAUAGAUGAUGCGUUUCUUGCGGGUUUACCAAAGGUGCGGAUUAUUCAUGGUAAAGGCACUGGCGCGUUGCGGACUGCAAUUCACGACCUUUUGGCAGACCACGCGGAAGUGAAUGAUUUUCAAUUGGCAGCACUCAACGAAGGUGGCGCAGGUGCAACGAUUGUCACAUUGAAGGAAUAG